AACAUCAUUCGUUCUGCUUCGAAUUUGUUCGACAUAGUCUACUUUCAUUUUGACAGGAUGGCAGCUGACAACGUAAAAGAAUUGCUUUUGUCAGAAUUUAUGGAACUUCAGCAUAGAUGUCAUGAUUCAAUAAAAGCAUCUUCUGAAGAUUCAACAUGUUUGCAAAAAUGCAUGAUGAAAUGUCAAGGAGUAACCGGCAAUUUUCCAAAAACCAUUUCUGGUGGACAAGUCAGUUUUUAUCUACAGCAGUAUGCAGAGGCUGUUUUAGACUUCACGUACCACGAUGAACAAAUACUCACUGAAGUGGAUGAAUUUCCUGAGCAGAAUUCAAAAGAAAGAAUUGCUGUAAUUUUUGUAUACAUAGACAAGAUAAAGAGCAUGUGUGAAAAGAUCUCUCCGGGAAGCCGGCUGGAGGAGCUACUGGGAAAUGAGAUAGCAGAAUGUAUUUUAUGGCGGAAGGGAGCCCUGCUGUAUGGAUUCUGUGAAACUGUGCAUAAAGAUAAAGAGAGGCUGCAGAGAGGAUUCAUUGAAUAUAAACAGAACUUACUGAAAGGUGUGCAUUAUCUACAGAGGUUGUUUAAGAUCAGAGAUACAGUACUGGAUACUGCCCAUGUACCAGGAGGGAAUGACACCCUUGAACUCCUCAAAAUGGGUAUAUACAGCAGUACACAUCUACUUGCCCUGAUGUAUGCUGGUGAGAUGUGCUAUUGGUUUGUAACCUCGGCCAAAGAGACAACAGAUGUGGAGCGCGCUACGCUUAAUCUUGGUGUGGAAAUGUUAGACAGUUAUAUCCAGGCUAUUGAACAAAUACCAGAACUAAGAGAUUGGUCAAAUGAUCAAGCUAAAAAAUACCUUAGUGAACUGAAGAGCAGAUGAUAAUGAUGUUAUUGUACAGUAUACAUAAUGUAUUAAGAAUAAGUUUUAUGCAAUGUGUUUUUGAUAUUAUAAUCUUAUAUACUGUAUUUUUCUGUGGCGUCAAGAAAAUACCGAGCAUUUAUGUUACAACACAAAAUGACCACAUGGGAUUGAACAGUGAGAUCGAGGGAAUUUUGUUUUUGUCUGCUCUUUUAUCUUUUUACUAUCUUCCAACACAUCUCUGUGCUAUGGCCAUUUAAAGGAAGCCUCCUUGUGAUAAAUGUGCUGUGUGUGUCAAAUGAAAAUGUUACUUUAUAAGUUAAAUCUUUCAAUUUUGAAGUAGUACUCAGCAUUGAAUAAUGCAGGAUGAAUAUUUUUUUAGAUAUUUUUCAUUUGCAGAAAUUGCAAGUCCUUACACUUGAAUACAACUUUUUCCUCUUUGCGUGUUGUUCCUUGGAAAAAAAUAGUUUUGCAGGAAAAAUUGAAAUGCAUUCCACAGACACCUGUUAUAUAAUAUUAACAUAUGUAAAAUACAACAAAACACACCUUUUACAGAAUAUUUUCCAUCAAAAGUGUGUCCAGAAAGUUGUUUGUUUUAGCUCACCUGAAAUAAAGGUCCAUCACCCACAAUGUGUAUGUUAACUCUGUACACGUCACAGGUUAUGCUUAAUCUUAAUGAAACCCAGUCUGGAUGAUUGUCUUAAUAAAGUCUUUGAUGAGAUCGAAAGUUGUUGAUCUUGAAUAAAAAAAACUAGGGCACUAGGUCAAGUCGUAGAAAAAUCUUGUUAACCCUUUAGAGGUCAAAUUUUUUACCUGAUCUUUGUGAUACCUGAAGGAAUCUUCGUCUUCUUGAAAUAUUGAUAAAGUUUGAAACUGGGUCAUCAGGGGUAAAAAAAUAGGCCACAAGGUCAACUCAUAGAAACACAACGAAGCAUAAGGAGAGCUAUCCUACUCGCCCCGGCGUCGGCGUCUUUCCGCGUCCCCACCUUGGUUAAAGUUUUGGUGCACUUUCUCUUUUUAGCUCACCUGUCACAAAGUGACAAGGUGAGCUUUUGUGAUCGCGUGGCGUCCGUCGUCCGUCCGUGGGUGCGUGCGUUCGUGCGUGCGUAAACUUUUGCUUGUGACCACUCUAGAGGUCACAUUUUUCAUGGGAUCUUUAUGAAAGUUGGUCAGAAUGUUCAUCUUGAUGAUAUCUAGGUCAAGUUCGAAACUGGGUCACGUGCGGUCAAAAACUAGGUCAGUAGGUCUAAAAAUAGAAAAACCUUGUGACCUCUCUAGAGGCCAUAUUUUCUC